CUAUAAGUUGUUAUCUUUUUAGUUUUUAAUUUGUUUUAUUCAAAAAAGAUUUGGUUUUUCAACAAGUUGUACAAAAAAACUUUCUGCGACUUCUCUAACAAAAACUGUGUACACAAAAUGAUGAACAAUAUUGGACGGAAAAUACAACAUUUUAACAGUGCAAUAGCUGAUAGCAGAAAGAUAUGCAAAAACAAAAAAUAUAUCAAUUACAAAUCUAUGAAUGGACUAUUUUUAACUGUCUAUACAAUGGCUUUGAUUUUUCAAACGCACAGUAGCUCACUUGAAAAAGAGUACAAGAAAAUCAGGUGCUCAGAUUCAAUGACGUGCAGCAAAUGUACAAUCGAACCUAUGUGUGUAUGGUCCCUUAAACAACAAACAUGUGAAAAAACGAAUCAAUAUAAUUCGUCGAGUUUAAUUGUCUCCAGAAUAGGAGAAUGUCCAAAGUUUAGAGUAGUUAAAAAAUAUGAUUAUGAAUAUACAGACAAUUCAAGAAUUUGUGUGGACUAUGAUGUCGAGAUAACAAAUGAUUUGUUAGGUUUCAUAAAUUAUCUUAAUAACGCUGAUAUGUAUUACGCAAUUCUAAAUGCUUUUCAAGAAAAGGUUAAAAUAACAGAUAAAACGAAAAUAUUGUGUUCAUUCCUCCAAAAAAAAUCAUCGGUUAACAUCAAGCCGGCUAUUAUUUUUAUAUUUAUUAAGUUCAAUGACAUUAUGAUACAGUUUGACAACGUCGCUGAUCACUAUGUUACGGUGUAUGGACAUAAGGAAUGCGCCACCAAUGAAAAGUACAAAAACUGUGUGACAUGUGGAUGGAAUACAAACAAGUACUCGAACUACUUGAAAUGGUGUUCAUCCGAAAACACCUGUAAUGAUGACAAGAGCUUAUACCUAAAGAAUAAUGCUACAAAUAUAAUAGACGAAAAGGUAGCGUACGUGGCGAAUGAAUGUGCCGAAAUAAAUGUAACAGCGGUAAAUCCACUGUCUGGACCGAAAACCGGUGGAACGACCGUAAGGAUAAUAGUUAGGAACCACAGGAUAUUCCUUGAGAACCGAACGUUAAAGGUAACCGUGGCAGGAACAGUAUGCACGAAUCCAAAUACGUCCGGGCUCGACACUAUAACUUGCACUACGUCACAAGCGGUUGACGCAUUAUCGGGUCCGAUCCUGGUGGAGUACUCGUCGUUCGAAAGUGGACUAAAGAUUGAGUCGUCCCAGAUAUUCAAGUAUUGUGUCGAUCCCGUACUAGACGCAGACCAACAACUUGGUGGCAUAGCGUCCGGUGGCACUUCUGUGCCGAUUCACGGAAGACAUUUCGUAGAACCUUGCGUUAUAUCCUCUGCCCAACUGUACGUUGACCUUCCCAAUGGUGUCACAAGGUACGCAUACAAUGUUUGUGAUCCACCGGUUAACGACACCUAUAUGGUUUGUCAAUCGCCAAGAAUGAACGGUGCUAGCUGGGACAGUAACCAGUCGGUGGUGGGACGGCUGCUUAACUUCGGGCUUAAUGUGCUGAAAUUUAAUGGAAAUCAGUCUUUGUCCGUUACCGGAACGUCACUUAGCUUUCACGUGCACCCCGAUCCUGUUCUCGAGGACUUUAAAGAGUGUGCAAAUGACGAAAAGUACAAAUCAUGUGCUACAUGUGCAUGGAAUAAAGAUGGGUACUCAAACUACUUGAGAUGGUGUUCCUCCGAUAACACCUGCCAAGUUCGCAAAAAUAUGUAUAUGAGGAACAACGGUGAAGAACAGUUAAACUUAAAAUUAGCACACUUGACGAAUGAUUGUUCCGAAAUAAAUGUGACGGCAGUUGAUCCGCUUUCUGGGCCGGAAACCGGUGGCACGACCAUGAUGAUCACAGUGAGGAACCAUGAGAUAUUAGCAGAGAACCGAACAGUAAUUGUGACAAUAGCAGGAACAGUGUGCAUGAACCCCAGAACAUUGGGACCAGAGACUAUAACGUGCACCACAACACAAUCCAAAAAAACAUUGUCCGGUCCGAUUAUGGUCGAGUACUCGUCGAUUGAAAGUGUGCUGAAGAUUGAGUCGUCUCAGAUAUUCCAAUUCUGUCUCAAUCCCGUACUGGACGUGGCCCACCAACUUGGAGGCAUAGCGUCUGGUGGCACUUCCGUGCCGGUCCUUGGCAAUAAUUUCGUAGAACCAUGCUUUGCAUUGCUUGCCCGACUGUACGUUGACCUGUCUGACGAUGUCAGACGGUAUUCAGAUAGUUAUUGCGAUCCACCAGUCAACGACACGUACAUGGUAUGCCGAUCGCCAAAAGUGAACUGCGAUAGCAGGGACGGGGACGCGUCGGUUGUGGGGAAGCUACUGAACUUCGGACUGGAAAUAACAUUCAGUAACGUCGACUUCUCUUCGAAUCAGUCACAGCCAAUCGUGGUUCGUGGCCCAUCGCUCAGUUUUUACGUGCACCCCGAUCCGGUUCUGUUAGACUUUAAAAUUGACGAAAGUGGUUCAGUAGUCGUCAAUGGCCUCCACUUGCAGGAUUUACAGCCUAAAGAUAUCGUGAUUCGGGCGAUGGAUUCACCGUCCUCAGUUUGCCUAGUCAUUUCGGUGAUACGAGACGGUUUGGUGUGUGAACCGAAUAUGUCCGUCAACGCGGCUCAAAUUAUCUCCGUCACAUUGGGCAAGUCUUUGCUGUUCACUGUGAGCAGGAGAACGUUACCUCAUCCUGAUGAUCCUUCCGAAAUUACUGGCUGGUUUAUCACAGUUAUUGUCAUGUCUACGGUGCUGGUAUUUGUCUUAGCUUUGGCUUAUUGCCUAAGAAAAAAAAAUCGGGCUUAUGUGAUUGAAAAUAAUAUUAGUAACCUGCCUGAGUCAUCCACAAGUUCGCAGGACCUAUACGUACAAACUAUACUGUAA